UCCAGAAGCCACCCUGUUCUUUUGUGAGAGUGGAGAGGAGGGUGUGGGUACUGCGAACUGUCUGUCUACACGAGUUCCGAAAGGGUGCUCAGAACGGCCAUGUUUAUGACUCCCUGUAGAUCCUAGGCUAGUUUUUUUCUACCUUUAACUCCGAUCUUCCUGACCGUGACCUUAACAGCUAGCAUGGAGGUCAACAAGAGCACUUCUGCCGUCGUCUUCUUUGCUUUUUUGGGCGUCGUGACCAGCUUGGUGAACUUGAAAGCGUCCGUCAUCACAGGCACUUUCAUCAAGCUGGAAUGGCAG